GGGAUCACGUGGUGCGCAGCACGCAGAGUCCUUCUGUCGGUUGGUCCUGGAGAGGCGCAGCCGGAGCGGGGCUGUGAGGAGUAUAAAGGCAGCCCCGUUGAUGACUGAAAAUGACAAAGCAUCCACCUAACAGACGAGGAAUCAGCUUUGAAGUGGGAGCCCAGUUGGAAGCCCGGGACCGAUUAAAAAACUGGUAUCCAGCUCACAUAGAAGAUAUUGACUACGAAGAAGGAAAAGUACUCAUCCAUUUCAAGCGUUGGAACCAUCGUUACGAUGAGUGGUUCUGUUGGGACAGUCCUUAUCUACGCCCUUUAGAGAAAAUACAGCUGAGGAAAGAGGGCUUACACGAAGAGGAAGGAUCUUCUGAAUUUCAAAUAAAUGAGCAGGUCCUUGCUUGCUGGUCUGAUUGUCGUUUUUACCCAGCUAAAGUCACUGCUGUUAACAAGGAUGGUACUUACACUGUGAAAUUUUAUGAUGGAGUAGUUCAGACUGUCAAACAUAUUCAUGUCAAAGCUUUUUCCAAAGAUCAGAAUAUUGUGGGUAAUGCUAGGCCUAAAGAAACAGAACACAAAAGUCUUUCAUCAUCUCCUGAUAAACGAGAGAAGUUUAAAGAGCAGAGAAAAACUACGGUCAAUGUGAAGAAAGACAAAGAGGAUAAAGCCUUUAAGACAGAAAAAAGAUCCAAGCAGCCUGAUAAAGAAGGAAAGUUAAUUUGUUCUGACAAGGGGAAAAUUUCAGAGAAAAACCUUCCCAAGAACGAGAAGGAAGAUAAGGAGAACAUUUCAGAAAAUGACAGAGAAUAUUCUGGAGAUGCUCAAGUGGACAAGAAACCUGAAAAUGACAUUGUGAAGAGUCCACAGGAAAACUUGAGGGAGCCAAAAAGAAAACGAGGCAGACCCCCUUCCAUAGCUCCUACUGCUGUGGAUUCAAACUCUCAAACUUUGCAACCAAUAACACUGGAAUUGAGAAGACGGAAAAUAUCAAAAGGAAGUGAAGUCCCCUUAAAAAGACCUCGACUUGACAAAAAUUCAUCCCAGGAAAAGUCAAAAAACUACUUGGAAAACACGGACAAAGACUUGUCAAGAAGACGAUCCUCCAGGCUGUCCACUAAUGGUACCCAAGAGAUCCUAGAUCCUGACUUGGUUGUAUCAGAUUUGAUUGAUACAGUUAAUACUGAUCCUUUGCAGAACACACCAUCUGGUACCAAGAAAUCUGAAGAAGGUCAGUUGAAAUCUCCUUUGGAAGCUGGCCAGAUCUCAACAGCACUAACUUGCCACUCCUUUGGGGAUGGAUUGGGGCCUACAGACUUGGAUUUAAAUUGCAAGUCAAUGGGAGAAAACACUAUGAAAACGGAACCAACUUCUCCUCUUGCCGAAUUACAAGAGAUUUCUACUGUGACAGUGACAAAUACUUUUAAGAAAACAGAUGAUUUUGUGACAUCUAAAGCACCAACUGUUGACCUAGACCACAAAUUUAGGUGCAAGAUUGUGGAUUGUUUAAAAUUUUUCCGCAAAGCCAAACUGUUACACUAUCACAUGAAGUAUUUCCAUGGAAUGGAGAAGUCACCAGAGCCAGAGGAAAGUCCAGGAAAGAGGCAUGUGCAGACAAGGGGCUCUUCAGCUUCAGACAAAGCCAGUCAGGAGAGCCUGACCAGGAAGCGGGUCUCUGCCAGUUCCCCAACUGCAAAAGACAAGGAAAAGAAUAAAGAGAAGAAAUUCAAAGAGUUUGUGAGAAUGAAGCCAAAGAAGAAAAAGAAAAAGAAAAAGAAAACUAAACCUGAAUGCCCCUGCAGUGAAGAGAUCAGUGACACUUCCCAGGAACUUUCACCACCGAAGGCAUUUGCUGUUACCAGGUGUGGGUCCUCACACAAGCCUGGGGUUUAUAUGAGCCCUCAGCUCCAUGGUACAGAACCUGGAAACCACAAAGGGAAAGUGAAAUUAUGUGAGGAGGAUAAUCUAAGCGAGUCUUCCUCAGAGAGCUUUCUUUGGAGUGAUGAAGAAUACAGCCAAGAUGUCGAUGUGACCACCAACCCAGAUGAGGAACUUGAUGGGGAUGAACGCUAUGAUUUUGAAGUGGUCCGCUGCAUCUGUGAAGUCCAGGAGGAAAAUGACUUCAUGAUUCAGUGUGAAGAGUGCCAUUGCUGGCAGCAUGGGGUCUGCAUGGGAUUACUGGAAGAAAAUGUGCCUGAGAAAUACACCUGUUAUGUUUGCCAAGAUCCUCCAGGUCAGAGGCCUGGCUUCAAGUACUGGUAUGACAAGGAAUGGUUGAGUAGGGGACACAUGCAUGGCCUGGCAUUUUUAGAAGAGAAUUACUCCCACCAGAAUGCCAAGAAGAUUGUGGCCACCCACCAGCUUCUCGGUGAUGUGCAGAGAGUGAUUGAGGUUCUGCAUGGCCUGCAGCUCAAGAUGAGCAUCUUGCAAAGCAGAGAACAUCCUGAUCUACAGCUGUGGUGUCAGCCGUGGAAACAGCACUCAACAGAGGGGAGAUCUCAUUCCAAACAUAUUCACGUUGCUGAAACGAAGUGCAAGGAGGAAACCCCAAGCUAUAGAACUUUGAAUGGGGCAGUGGAUAAGCCUGUGCCCUUACCCCUGCCCCGGUCUGUGGAGGAGUCCUAUAUCACUAGCGAGCACUGCUACCAGAAGCCCCGCGCCUAUUACCCUGCUAUGGAGCAGAAGCUAGUGGUGGAAACCCGAGGCUCUGCCCUUGAUGAUACAGUCAACUCCCUCCAUGAGAAUGGUGAUGAUUGCCUCUCCCCACGCCUUGGCUGGCCUCUAGACCAAGAUAGGAGCAGAGGGGACGGUGACCUCAAACCUAGCUCCCCAAAGGUGAGGGAUUUUAUCUCCAAAAAGAUCCUACCAGAAGAAGCCCCUGCUCGAAAACUGCUGGACAGAGGUGGAGAGGGGCUGCUGAGCUCCCAACACCAGUGGCAGUUUAACCUGCUGACUCACGUGGAAUCUCUUCAGGAUGAAGUCACGCAUAGGAUGGACUCUAUUGAGAAGGAGUUGGAUGUGUUAGAGAGCUGGCUGGACUACACUGGGGAACUGGAGCCCCCAGAGCCACUGGCUAGGCUUCCACAGCUCAAGCAUUGCAUCAAGCAGCUGCUGAUGGACCUGGGCAAGGUGCAGCAGAUUGCACUCUGUUGCUCUACAUGAAAGUGGGCCCCUAGAAGUAUUGGGGGCACAAUCUUGGGGCACCUGCAGGAGGAACUUCACAUAUUUAAAUAAAUAAACCUAGCAUGCCGAAUGCAUGUGAUACUGGCCGACUUCAGGGAUCUGGGCAGGGGGUGCGAUGGACAUUGGACAAAGAGGUCAUUUUGGCUGCUGGAGGGGAGGGCGCACUAUGAUCUCAAAGCCUACCAAGAAGAUAGCGGAUAGACUCCUGGGAUUCCCUUCAUCUGUGCACAUUGUUGAAUGGAGAGUGAGUCUUUUUGCACAAGCUUCAUUUGAAAUCGUGCCACUGAUGAUAAAUGGAAUGAGAGCCAAAAAUACAUAGUUGGAAACAGUUGUAAAUUCAACUUGCAACUUAUUUAAUUGACUUUUCUGUCAGGUUGGGGCAUAUGCCGAACCUUCUGGUUUCUGACUGGCCUGGUUUCUGGCAGCAGGCAUCAUUUUCAUUUUUUCAGCUGCGUGGGAAUGUUGACUUCGCCAUUCUGUGGAGGUGAGGAAGGAGCAGAGGCUUUGGCUUCCCUCCUCCUUAGGACUCUUCAUUUUUGUCAUCACAUCCCUUGCAUGACAUGAUGGUACUGGGGACAAGUUUUAUAUGCUUUGCCCCAGAGUUGGUCGGGCUGUGUCUUUUGUAACAGAGCCCACACAGCCUGUGGAGGAGCUAGAAUCUCACUGUAAUAAGAACAUGGGAGGAAUUACAAGCUGAAGCAGGCAGGGUCUGGAACCCAAAGAACAGCAUUUUCUACCUACUUAUUAAAAUAACAGCUUCCCAGUUCUAUUUAAUGUUCAAGAAAUGUCUCCUGAAAUUUUGAAAACUCUCACUGUAAAGGUUUGUUAUAAAGAAUGUGGUUUGGGGACUUACCUUAUUUUAUAUUGUUGUAAACACACUUAAGAUUCUAAAUGUGCCGCUUUUCUCCUUUCCUGAAGGGUAUAUGUCCAGUAGUUGGCAUUUUCAGAGUCGUUUUCAUGUCAUGUCCCUUACCAUUUUAAAUUCCUGGUUGUAUAAUUUUGUGAGAUCAAGGUGAUUAUGCUGCUUAAGGUUCAGGUACAACCUAUUUGUUACCCUUUGAGACAAUAUUUUAAACUUGCAGGUUACCAGUCAACGUCAGGUGUAAUUACUAUAUUGUUAUUCCUUAUUAGGCAAUGUUAAAGAAAAUGUUCCAUGCUUUGAGGAGUGACCCAUUUCACUGUUAGUUUUUUUUUAUAAGACAAAAAUCAAAGCACAGCUGCCCAUUAAUACAGUUUAAUUAUGGGUUUAUGAAUCUGUAAUGUUAUAUGCUGCAAAUAUUUACUAUGUAAACGUGAAGUAGCCAAUAUCUCAGUAGCAAUGACAGUAUCUCCUGCAACCUUUCCAAUGGUUAGGCUUUAAGGCACAGGUCAUUGUGGUAAUGGAGUCUUCUGUAUCAAGAUUUGCUUCAGGGAAUGCUCUGCCUAGUAAUUUGUUCACCAUUUGAUACAGAAUGAAUCGAGGACAAGUUGACCUGCUGUAGCUUACUUAUCAAAGGGAAUUUAUGUGGCUGUAACAUCUGUAAUAAAACUGACACAAUUCCUCUACAAAAGGCUAUUUCCUAUUGCUGUUUGGUGUUUCUGAUUCAGGAAGAAAUGCUCAAAUAGUAUAUAUACAUGGAGUGUUUGGAUAAAUUAUUAGACAGCCACUUUAAGAUAACUGUGUGAUGCUUGUCUGAAAAGAAAAGAAACAGGAUGAUUUUCUGUAGCCACAACUGUGAGGUUAUGACACUUGCAUACUGUACUGAUUUUUCUUUUCUGAAAGUACAUUUGAGUAUCACAUCUGGGAAUGCUUUAAGGUAGUCAAUCUCAUGUCUUUUUCAAAGAUGGGAGCAGAAGUGGAAUUACCCUAAUUUUGCCUACUGGCCAUUAUUGGUUUAAGUUUUGUAAAGGAAACAAUCCUAUUUUACUCACUGUGAUUUUUGUUGUUAGGGAAGCAAGGGAAGACUCCAAAUUCCAAUAACCUCAGUGUGCUUUCCUAAUUUAAGCCAUGUUGAUGUUGAGGGGCAGCUCCCCACCCCCCAUUCCUGGGUCAAGUUGUAUUAGCCCCAAGUUGGAGCACUGGAUAACUGUUAUUUGCAAAUAUUACUGUUACCAUUUAGAAAUACCUAAACACUACCUAAGUUUUGAGAAAAAACUACCCACCUAUAAAAAAAUUGCCUUGACAAAAAGUUUUGGUUUGAAUAAUCAUUUUGUUUCUUUACAUGUUGAGUGUAUGCAAGGUAGACCCUUGAUGAGCUAACAUUGCACUGUGGAUUCGUAUCUAUGUUUAUGCGCUAUUAGAACAAAAGGCGCUGUAUAUAUAAAUGUUGCUUUGAGGCAAUAUUUGCAAAACACGCAAACUUCUGUAUGUAUUUGGAAAAAAUAAACAGGUUUUUGUUGCUA